AAGUUGCUUCCAAUAAAUCAAGAAAAAAAAGUAAACAAAUCAUUUAAAGUGGUUGUAUCUGGUGUCUGCACUGCAUAGUGGUGCCCUCCAGUUAGUUCUUCUCUUUUACAUGUAAGCAGCAACCAGCAAUAACCCAAUUUUUCAUUACAGAAGUACCUUUCUGGGUUCGUUGAGAAUGGUGGACAAGUCACAGAUUCAAAUCCCACUAGUUAAACUAGGUAGUCAGGGCUUGGAGGUUUCUAGACUGGGUUAUGGAUGUGGGGGACUAUCUGGGACAUACAAUGGCAACAAAGCUCCGCUCUCUGAUGAAGCUGGAUGUACAAUUAUUAAGGAAGCAUUUGAUAGGGGCAUCACCUUCUUUGAUACUUCAGAUCUUUACGGCCUUAAUCAUCACAACGAAAUCUUGCUUGGAGCCGCUUUGAAACGGCUUCCUAGAGAGAAAGUUCAAUUGGCUACAAAAUUUGGCAUUGCCAUGUCAGGAAACUACGAAUUUCGGGUGAAUGGGAACCCGGAAUAUGUGAGGUCAUGCUGUGAAGCUAGUCUUAAGCGGCUGGAUGUCAGCUACAUCGAUCUCUACUAUCAGCACCGCGUUGAUGUUUCAGUGCCAAUUGAGGAUACUAUGGGGGAGCUUAAGAAGCUGGUAAAUGAAGGAAAAAUCCGAUACAUUGGUCUGUCAGAAGCUAGUGCUGACACAAUAACUAGAGCUCAUGCUGUUCAUCCCAUCACUGCUGUACAAAUGGAAUAUUCUCUGUGGAGUCGUGAAAUCGAAAAUGAGAUUAUUCCCCUUUGCCGGAAACUUGGAAUCGGGAUAGUGUCAUAUAGUCCACUUGGUCGUGGAUUCUUCGGUGGGAAGGCAAUUGUAGAGAGCUUGCCUGAAGAGAGUUUGCUGUAUACACAUCCGAGGUUCAAUGGCGAGAAUUUGGAAAAGAACAAACUACUGUAUGGCAAAUUUGCCAGCCUUGCAAUACAGCAUGCCUGCACUGCUCCUCAAUUAGCUCUAGCAUGGCUUCUCCAUCAGGACAAUUAUAAUGUCCCAAUCCCUGGGACAACUCAAGUUAAGAACCUUGAUAUCAACAUUGGAUCGUUGAAUGUGAAGCUUACGGAUGAGGACUUGAAAGAAAUUUCUGAUGGUGUGCCCAGUGAUGAAGUUGGUGGUGACCGAGAAUUUGAACUUUUUGCAAAAUAUGUCUGGAACUAUGCAAAUACCCCAUCAAAGUAAUCAAGUUCUCUGUGCCAAAAAUGAAAAAAGUAAUCAAAUUUAUCUUUCUGGUUUGCAUAAUUGCACUUGCACCAGUGGAGAUGGAGAUCCCUCGGUCUCGCUUCUUUUCGUGUUUCUUUUGUUUUUGGCAAGUUUGUAUGUCUUCUGCUUCAUCUUCUUCAAGUAAUUAACUUUUAACCCUGA